AUGCAUGGGCUCGCAUCUUGCCCGCGUCACUUGAACGGCGGGCGAACCCGCCCGUUUUUCUUACCCGAAUUUGAUAACGCUUAUUACCGGGUGUUCCAAUCACAUCUCUUGCAGGGUGUUGACGUUUUGACGGGUUGCAGUAGUGUGCGACACAGCCCCACGAAGGGUGGCAUCAUCCCGGUCGCAGCUGAGGAGCCACGCGGCGUGCUGCGCGACCCAAGGCAGCUUUACGAAGUACAUUCACUUGACAUGAUUUACGUUACCCUACAUCAUCAAUCUUGGGAGAAGUCUCCAUGUCCAUUUCGGCCGAGACACACAGUUUUCUUUCCUCUCCGUGCGAGGACGAAAAACUGCAGCGAAGAGGCAAUGACGGACAUGCAGCACGCCCGGGAUGAAGCGGAACGGGAAGGGCCCUCCAACGUUUCUGCUACCUUGUGGUGCUCGAUCAUCCGCGCCAGCGUGGGCCGCACAAAAGGUCGAGGAGGUCACAGCGCCCUGAGCGCCAACUCGGACUCGAAGUUGGCUCGGUCAGGUAACGUGUUAGGGGCAUGGCUUGUCGUGUCCUGGCCGAGCUUCGUUGUAAUUCCCGGCGGUGGUCGGUACGGCGUUGGAACGUCAACCGGACGCCAACCAGAAGACGCCAUAAGUUGGUGGCUUGUUGCUCACGCAGAAAAUGAUUCCCAGCGAGGAGAUGCUCUCAAUACGGAGAGGAAGACGGAGAUGGAGCCUGACGAGCACCCACGCGUGGCCCGACGGGCCGUGACGGGACCUGGGGCUCGCCCUGGACGUGAAAGCUCCAGUCAGAUGAAGUGGAUCAACGCAAAUAGCGGAACGCUUUCGCCUGAACGCCUCGAACUCGCCCAGCCAGCCCCGGGUAGAAGGAACGAGGUCUGA